AUGUGUGACUUUCGCCAAGAUAUGCCUCCUCCGGGGGGCUACAGUAAAAUUAGAUACGCCAAAGUGCCUUUAAAGGUUUCGAAUCCUUUUAUAAAGCUAGGCGUUGUGGUUGGAAUUUCAGUGAUUUCCUUUAACUGUUUUUUAAAGAAAGAUAAAGAAGAAGGCAUAAAUGCUCGUAUUGAAGACAAUACUGGAGCUGUUGCAUUACAUCCUUUGCUGGCAGCAGAAGGUGACAGAUUGUAUCUAAAGGCUUUAAAAAAAAAUCGUGAUGAUGAAGAAAAACUUAUGAAAGAUGUUGAAGGUUGGGAAGUAGGAAAAUGGAAAGGUUAUCCUGUUUACUUAACUCUUGAUCCAAAUGAAUUCUACAAACCAGCAAUUGCUGAAUAUUUUGCUCACGCUCAUCCUAAAUAUGAGCAGUGGGCUACAUAUUGCUUUAAAGGAGUUUAA